AUGCCAGCCCCAGUCCUCUUGGUCCUGCCCUUGACCUCUACUAGUGAGCAAACGUCUGGUUCAACGGCUGCUGUAUCGAUGUAUACUCCUACAGUACCGCUAGCCAAACCUCCAGAUCCUCUCAACCUAGAAGACAGAUCGCAUAGAGGCGAUAACUGGUUACACUUCAAGAGAGCAUGGCAAAUCUUUGAACAAGCGACUGGGAUAAGUAAACAGGAAGGUCCAGUCCGUGUCGCUCAUUUUCUCAACGUCAUUGGUAGAGAAGGAGUUCAGUUGUUUGACACCUUUACCUUUGACGAAGCUAGUCACGAAAGCGCUGACAAGAUAGAUGAAUCUCGUUGUCUGCCGCAACGUAAUGAAACCUAUGAACGAUACCUCUUCAACAAAACAGAGCAAGAACCAGGAGAAAGUAUCGACCAGUAUUGCACAGCACUGAUGCGUCUCUCUGAACACUGUGGCUUUCUGAACCUAAGAGACAGUUUGAUAAGAGACCGCCUCAUCCUUGGAGUUAACAAUGAUCGUGCACGCAAGAAA